AUGGGUGAGCUUUCCAACAGAUUAGAGUCACCUUUGCCAUUCAAAUACGAAAAAGGAUUGUCCCUCUCAGAAGAUCCUGACGUGGCAGAUUUUGUGACAGCUGUGGUGACUUACAGCGAGGCGUACAUCUGUUUCAUGGCAUUUUUGUUGGCUGCGAACGGACGAUUUGCAGAUCUUGGGAGAAAAGAAGACGAAGAUGUGGUCUAUCGUAUUAUCAAACGCCAAAAAGAGAAAGCGAGAGAAACGCUCGCAUUCCUGUCUGAUGAAAAAUAUCUGACAUUUCUUGGGAGGCUUCCCUAUGAAGGAGGAAAACUGAUGAAAAUCGUUGUUUUAAGCCGAAACACAUCAGGAAAGAGGCUCGUAGAAGCAGUCAGACGUAGCUUAGAUUUACCGCAAUUACCUGAUUCUGCGACAGUUGAAUCUGAAGCAAGUAAAGUGUCCAGUCAGUGCGUUAAGUUAAAACUGGAAGACCAUGACACUCACUCUCCCCAGAAUUCUGUAUUUCCUCAGGGCAACAAAGCUGUUGUGGCGUUAACAAGAGUGCUGGUAGGUGUCAUAUAUAUUGAGUUCGUUAACGAAACAGAUUUUCCCAUGAAGAUUGUUUCGGGUAAAGUUGGAUGGAGAACAUUACGUUCCUUCACUUUCACACAUGAUGUCCAAUCUCGAUCAAAUUGCUGGCUGGAAAUCUCACGUCUGCCAGGCACCUCGGGGUUUUCAACCGGGGGGUACAUUAUUCUCUACCAGAACGGAAUCCUAAGCUCCGAAGUAGAACCACCUGCGUCGAAUGUUAGAGUCAUUGAGUUUGCUUUGUCAAGUUUAAUGAAAAUCAACAUCCAAGACAAAACCAGCAGCGAGUUCACCAGUGGUCAAGACACUUACGACAAGAUGAAUUCUGGUAAAGCCAAGACACUCUACUGGUUUAAUAAUGGGGAACACUUCAUUGCAAGAGCAGAAAUAACUAGAUAUCUAUCUAGGCCGGUGACCUUUCGAUUUGUUGUUCAGGACUACGAUCCUUUGGCGGUGAGUGAUUAAACAAAAACAGGAUUUGAUGGCUUGAUCGGAUGGAACUGAGUCGAUCAAAACCUGAAACGCCGAUUUACGAAGAAAUUGACCACAUUCAUUGACUACGAGUAUACUGAAAACUGAUUAGUAUAUAAUGAUUGUAUGGAAAAUUCAGUGAAGGCAGUAGGGAACAGCGGAAAAAGGAACGGGGAACGGGGAACGGGGAACGGGGAACGGGGAACGGGGAACGGGGAACGGGGAACGGGGAACGGGGUACGGGGUGCGGGGAAAGAGCACGGGGAACGGGAAAAUGAAAAAUGGUAACACUGUAGCCCUUUUAGUAACUUCAUUCCAAUUCUCUGUUUCGUUCCCCAGGUUCCCCGCUCCCCGUGCCCGUUUCCCGUUUUUAUAGUAAAACCAUUAAAUCAGUGUUGAAUGGCUUGCUAAUUCAAUGUUAAGCCUCCAAGGGUUGAUAGAUUGAUAUGAUUUGGAUUUCGCUAACAUGAUUUGCCGAAUCUGGAAGUAACACUAUUGCAAAAAGGCAUAAAAGGAAUACAGCAAUGAAUUUUUCAAAACAAAGAGUACUUCGUCUAUUACGUUGUGUAUCAUGCGUAAGAGAACCAUGAACUAUUCAAUACCAAUUUUUUUGGACCUAAAUUGCGUAGCCUGUUACUCUAUCACAGUUUUCUUCAGCAACACUACAUUACGUGUUUCAUAUUAAGCUGUCAUUUAAAAAGGGGACAACGAAAAAACCUAAACACAGAGUAAAGAAGGUUUCCAGUUGUAGUAAUCUGACGAAACAAUGAUUUAUUUUGCAUGAUUAUAUUCGGUAAUUUUAAGCGGAGAACCAUGAAGCAUUCAAUAGCCAGUUGGUUUUGAACUUGUUGAAUUUUUUGUCAGUGGAUACAGCGUUAUUUGACUUCACCAAGCUGUUUUCGAAAAUACAAAACAGGGGAAAUCUGAAAAAAAUAUUUAGGGUAAGUUAGCCUUAAUUUAACAAAAUGACAUUGAAGUCAAAUAGCGAAGAAGUAUCUAAACUACGUCAUGGAACAUAAACAGGAAACAAAAACAUCAAAACUUUGAAAAACCUAGAAAAUUUAAAUUUGGCUGCUUCAUCAGUAGGAUUCCUUAAAUGUUUUCGUUUUAAACCUGAAACCCGUUUACCAACAAUCGAAAAUGAAUCUGCUUUCGGAAGGAAUCAUUUUUUUAAGAUACUCAUGAGAUAAAGCUGUGUUACCCGAAGGAUAGAUCGGUUAGUGGAAAUAUUUUUAGUAUCAACAGUAUAAAUUAGAUAUAUUGGACUGUUACUGAUCUGAAAGCCGACACUUGAGUGAAAACAGUUUCGUUCCUUCCCAUCUAACUUACUACUUUUUUAAAAAAAGCUUUCAAUGUUUAUACUACUACAUGAAAAAUUUCUGCAAUUUGAUUGGCUUAGAGAACAGUGGUAUCUCAGCUUUUAAUUUGAAAUAACUACAUGUGAAAAUAAGAAACCCUUUGCGGGUAGUAAUUAAACAAAUAAUAGAGAGUUUUAGAUCGGAGUUUACCGCAAACCUCUAACCGCUGGAGGUCACGUGACAAGUCUUUCACGUCACGUUUGAGGUUUACGACGUGCGUUUUCAACGUGGGGAGGUAGGUUUUCACGUAUGUCAUUUACCUGGAAGAUUUUAGCGUAUAAUUCUUGUUUCAUCCCACGUAAUGAUACAAAAAUCUUUUGGAGCAAGUCUUUAUCCAUUAACAGAGGCACAAAUUCGGGCGAAAUGCUAAAUUUGAUAAAUCCUAUUGGAUCUUGAAAACAAGUGCCAUUCAUGGCUGCUGAUUUAAAAUGGCUGCCGUAGUUUAAUCCACCGCCAAUCUAAAUCGAAUUAUGUUUGAACGUCGAACCGCAAACGGGUAACCGCAAACCGCGGUUAGAGGUUCGCGGUAAACUCGGAUCUAAAACUCUCUAAUAGCAUGAUUUGUACGUGAUAUUUGGCAUAAAUACCCCUCGUGAUAUUUCAAAAUCGUCUCAUAAUGUAUUGGGUAAAGCUGUUUUUACAAAACGAAAAAAACAGCAGAAAUGUUACUGAAAUACAGUCCAGAGAUUAACUUGAUUUCAUAAAUAACUUUGAAGUGAAACAGCUCAAAAGUAUUCAAACAAUGCAUUAGAUCAUAAACAUGAAGAGUUAACUCAAAGAUAACUGAGAAAUUGAUGAAACUUUGCGUUUAUAAUACUAGAAAGAAAUCGUUGAAUUGAGGGAUCUGUAGAAAAACCUUUAUGAAGAAGAUUUGUUACACUAAAAAGUAGAAUGAUUUUCUUGACGUAUAACUUAUGUUUUAAAAUUGAUUUAGCAUACAGAAACAUGCUGUACGUUGUGGACACGGGUCUAGUCAACUAGAAUUGACGUAAUGACUUGAGCUGUUUUAGAAAAUACGAAACAGGGGAAAUCUAAAAUAAAAAUACUUAGGGUAAGUUUGACUUAAUUUAAUAAAAGAUAUCAAAGUCAAAUAGCGAAGAAGUAUCUAAACCACCUCAUGGAACGUAAACAGGAAGAGUUAACCCUUUCACUGCCAGAGUGUUUGGUAGAGUUUUAUGAGGUGACUCUAACUUUCGAGUUUUUGGACGAAAUCCUAUGAUGUCACCAUUCAAAUCAAAGCUCUCUACCUGUUCUUUCACAUGAUGCUAUUUGUUUGUCAAAAUGUUAGAUAAAGAAAUUUGGAAAUUUGGUCGAAAUUUGCCUUUGGCCACAUUUGGCAGUGAAAGGGUUAACUCGACCGUAAGUAAUUUAAAAUUACACUUCCCUACUUGUUGUGAUCCUUAUGUUAACGAACAGUUGUAUACAGCCAGCUUAUAACUGAAUACGUUUAAGCAGACAGAGAAAAAUUCAUUCCGUCAAGGACUGGAUCUCGAUACCAUUGCUUUAUAGUGUUUUUGGACUUGACAAAAUUAUUUCUAAGUAAUAACUUUAGGUCAAAUUCUUGCGGACAGUAAGAACUGCUGCGGGGGUAUAAAAUGUAUGACAAAGCUUAAAGAGUAGUUAACUUGCAAUCAAUUUGGAUUACUCUUAACACCGAGUGUAAUCAGGGAUAUUGGACUUUCGGCUACUUUAUAGUAACACUUCAGACACUUGAGAACAGUCAACCAGGGUAAUUCCGUUUCCGUGCCCCGCUGAGGGUCCGUAAGUCCAUCUCGUGGCAAAAGUCACGACAGGGAACCCAACGAACUGUUUUAAUUUAUUCGUAUUGAUCAGUUGUGUUGUUUGCGCUUGAAUCAUUGCUUAUUUCAAUGUUAUAUUUUUUUGACCGAGCAAUUUGUUAAUUGGGCGAGGCUGUUUAAUGAAAUGUAUUGAGAAACGAAGAAUCAAAAUCUAACAUCAAAACUUUAUAAAAAAACUGGAAAAGUAAAUUCGUCUGCUUCCCGUUUUUAUAGUAAAUCCAUUAAAUCAGUGUUCAAAAAGUCUUUUACUAGAAUUGGUGUGACUAUUUUAAAUUCUAUUCCGCUUUCUGUAAAAACUCUUAAUGUGUCUAAUUUUCGUAAAAAAGAUAAAAUCACUACUCCUUAAUGUUUUAGAUAACGAAGAUAAUUAUUUGAAUGUUACUCAUUUUAAGAAAUUAACCUGAUACGUAAUUAGUUUCAGAGUCUAUUUUAGACUGCAAAACAGUCGGUUUUUUUCUCAAAAUCAGUAAAGAAAUCGGUAAAGCGUGCCGUACACCGGUAGGGCGUGCGAGACGAGAGAAAAAAAAAAACGUAUUUUUAGCGUCUCUGCCCAGGUCUCGCUCUCUGUUUUCAGCCUCGUUCCAGACCUUUUGUUUGACUUCUCGCGCGUACUUGAAUACGCAAAAAUACGGACUGUUUUGCAGUCUAUGUCUACUUUCAAACAAAUCGGAUUAUCCCUGUACUUGAAUUUAUAUGUUAGGUGUUUCUUUCUGUAUGUUAUUGUAUUUCUAUUCUUUUCCUUUCUCUUUACUCGUGUAAUUUAAUAUCGUCUUUAUUUUAAAAUUUUAAUUGUCCUGCCUAGAUUAGCAUAAAAGCUAUUUGCGGGGCAUAAAGUAUUGCAAACUUUAUAGUUCUGUAAAUGAAUACAUUGUUGUCGUUGUUGUUGUUUCCAUUGGCGUUUCCAAAAUUGUUGGUAAAUGGAAAACGCCCCGUAUGACUCCGGCGGAUGGGGGUUGGGGGGUGGGGAGAGGGCAUUCCUAGGAAUUCUUGCUUAAAGUGUACCACCAAGUUCUCUGAAUCCUUACCCUGUUUCGGGCCAAAACGUGCCAUUUUGCACAGUCGUUCUCAAACUUGUUCUCUCUAAACCCAUACUUGUUUUCUCACCCGCUUAUUUGGGAAAACGUUUCUUCCUUUCCUUGAGUGAGCAAAAAUGUGAAACGUCCUCAGCAUCAAAGCAUAGUGAGAAGCAGGCUAUGAAAGCUUGCACGAUAUCAGGUGCCGCAUGUAAGAGCUUAAAAUCAGCACCCUUUCAAUGUUUUUGGAGGAUUAUUGAGAAUUAAACAUCAUUUGGAAUAAAGCAGAUAUAACAGGGAUUGAUGUCCUUCUCUCUCUCGGUUUAGAUUGAAAUGGAAUCAUCUACGUCUGGCGGAGAAAAAUGCGCUACUUUCUUUAGUGAUCUCGAGGAACAGAUCAAGUCUUUGCAAAAGAGUCUGUCUCAUGUUUCUGCCUCGGGAGACUCACUGAAAUCCUCUUGCGAAGCCAAGUUGAUUGAGAUCAAUGCAUGGGUCACUGAGCAGAAAAAGAAAAGCAAGGAAAAGUCAGAGAAAAUACCCAUUGAAAAUGUGGGUAAAGCUCUCCAAGCCUCAAUAAAUGGCAUGAAAAAGUUCAAAACAGGUAGCGGGAAACUGGAAGUUGCUGAAGGCAUUUUGGAGAUAGUAGCAAGUAUGUCAGAGUUAACAGGUGAACCUCAUAAUCCACUGAAAGCAGUCUGUGUAAUCAUCAGUGCUGUUCUUGCUUACAAGAGACCGGAGGAAGCGAGUGUGGUAGAUCGUCUCGCAAAAGUUGUACACGAGCAACUGGUAAACUUCAACACAAAAUUGCAAAACCAUAAAUACAAUGAUUUGAAACGCCGCCUGUCAGACCAGGUAACACAGUUGUGUACGAUGAGGUCAGGGGAAAGGCUAGAUGAUCCCAACCUUUGGAGUGAUUUUAUUCAGUUCUUAGGUGAGCUGUCAAACAGAUUUGAAGCUCCUUUGCCAUUUCAGUAUGACAAAGGAUCUCUCACAAAAGAUCCUGAUUUGGCAGAUUUUGUGACAGCUGUGGUGACUUACUGCGAGGCUUACAACUGCUUCAUGGCUCUUCUGAUGGUUGCUAAAGGAACAUUUGAAUCCUUGGGGCAGGAGUACAAAGACGAUCAAGAUGCUGUGAAUCGAAGAAUCAGCUGUCAGCAGAAUGAUGCUCGAGGAAAACUAUCCUUCUUCUCAGAUGCAAACUAUCUGACAUUUCUUGGAAGGAUGCCUUAUGAAGGAGGAAAACUUACAAAGAUCGUCGCUUUAAGCAGAAAUAUCGAAGGUAAAGGGCUGGUAGAAACAGUCAGAAGAAGCUUAAGCUUGCCGCCAAUGCCUGAUUCAGCAACGGUUGAAUCUGCUGCAGCUUAA